UCAACAUGGCUUCAAAACUGAGUAUUUCUGCUGUGAAUGAGCUCGAUUACAGAUAUUUUAUCCGCAAGUUUGGCAAUAUUGUCGAUGAAACGAAACUAUGUGCAGCAGCUGUAUGCGCUAGGAGACCUUUUAGGUCAUUUGACAACUUCGUGGAGGCGAUAUGCCAGUUUAUCAACGAGCUUCCCAAAGAUGGAAGAGCAGGUAUAUUGCGCAACCAUCCUGAUUUGGCUGAUCGUCUAGAAUCACUCACUCCCGAAUCCCAAAGAGAACAAACACACGCUGGUAUCACAACGCUAACAAAAGAAGAGAUUCAAGAGCUAAAGCAUCAUAACCAGCUUUACAGUGAAAAGUUUGGAUUUCCAUUUGUGAUUUGCGCUCGUUUAAACAACAAAGAUGCAAUACUGGAAGGAAUAAAAACUCGCUUAAAUAAUGACGGUGAUCAAGAGCUUGAGUGCGGGAUUGAAGAAGUAAAGAAGAUCAUGGUGCUAAGGAUGAAAGAUUUGGUUGAAAGCGAGGACUCUAAAUUAUGAAAAAACUAUUAACUAUAUAUAUUUAUUGUUUGUAAAAAGGGUAAGGAACAGAAAACAGUCGUUUGGGCAAGAGUACCAUAUAACCCCAUACAAUAAUUAUGCAUUCAGUCUUUGUUCAAUUAAAACAAGAGCGAGAACAC